AUGGCGACGUCGCAAGAACCUCACCAGCCGCCUCUAAGCGCACAGUCCGACGGCAUUCAGCUGACGCAGAACGAGGCCAGCGCCACCGAAGGGCUCGACCACAACGGCGAGGACAUGGAUGACUUGUCCGACCUCUCUGGCGACGAAGACGACAUUAUACCCGAGUUAGUCUCCUCCGACGCGAACGACUUCACCAAGUCCUACAACCGACAACGAAAACUCAACGACGCAUCAAUACCUGCCGAUCACAAGCCCAAAGCGAACCCACAGAAGCCCUCAGCGAACACAAACGCCUCGAUCGAUGAUCAGGUCGAAUCGCUGGCCAAGCAUGCCGGUAAGAUUCGCCUCACCGGCAAGGCAACAGGCGCGACAGGAGGAAAUUCGCGCAGCAAGGACAAGGCAGAUCGAGCGACAGUCGAGCAAGUAUUGGACAGAAGGACGCAGAUGAUCCUACUGCGCCUGAUCAACCGUCACAUCAUAUCCGAACUUCACGGUGUCAUAUCCACAGGCAAGGAGGCAAACGUAUACCACGCCAUCAACGAGCCCCAGGACUCAGAUGCAGCCCCUGUCCAUCGCGCUGUCAAGGUCUACAAGACAUCUAUUCUAGUCUUCAAGGACCGCGCCAAAUAUGUCCAAGGCGAGUUCCGAUUCAGACAAGGCUUCAACAAAAGUAACAACCGCGACAUGGUCAAGAUGUGGGCCGACAAGGAGCGCAGAAAUCUCGCCAGAAUCUACGACGCAAGAAUACCUUCCCCCGCACCCAUCGCGCUGCACAAGCAUGUCCUUGUCAUGGGCCUUGUUGGCGAUCGCAAAGGAAACGCUGCGCCACGGCUCAAAGACGUGCGAUUUGAGCAUUUGUCGCCAGAAGAAGUCGACGCAAAGUGGACAGAUUUGUACGUUCAGUUGUUGAGCUACAUGCGUAUCCUCUACCAGACCUGCCGCCUGGUCCACGCUGAUCUCAGCGAGUACAACAUCCUCUUCCACGAGGGUAAGCAAUGGCUCAUUGAUGUCUCUCAAGCCGUCGAACAUGACCACCCGCGUUCCCUCGAGUUCCUGCGCAUGGACGUCAAGAACAUCUCCGACUUCUUUCGUUCGCGCAACGUCGAGACUUUGAGUGAGCGCAAAGCUUUCGCUUUUGUAACCAGCGAUGUUGGCGCAAAAGACAUGAAGAACCUAUCCCAAAUUGAGGACCUAGCUCGACAAGUCAUGAGCAAGCAAGAACCACUGACGGAAGAGGCCCGCGAAAAGGAGAACGAAAAGGACGAGGUUUUCCGCAACACGUAUAUUCCGCAAACCCUCGAUCAAGUCUACGAUAUUGAGCGUGACGCCGAACUUGUGCACAAGGGCGAAGGUGCCGAGCUGCCCUAUCAAUCCCUCCUCCCUGACAAGGUUGUCAAUGCACAAAACGAGUCUGACGCUUCCCCUGAAGACGAGUCGGAUGAAGAAUCGAAUGCCAGUUCCGAAUUCGACCAAAGUCUUUUUGAAAAAGGGCAGAGUAGAGGGAAGAAGCACAUGGACAAGGAAGAAAAGAUUGCGCACAAGAAGGCCAUCAAGGAAGAAAAAAGGGAGAAGCGAAAGGAUAAGAUGCCCAAGCACCUAAAGAAGAAACUUGUCAGCCAGGGAAGUCGGAAGAAGUGA